UAAUGCAAAUAGUUUCCUCCACAGGGACCCACUCCUCCCGCGAGCCCUCCCCGCGAGCCCUCCCCGCGCAGCAAAGGCCAAAGGCAACCGGUUCCUCCACACUGUCUUUGUGGUGACUUGGCAUAGCUGACGGGCCCCCGAGACGCACACACGUUGGGCGCACGCAGCCUUUUGGGCCUGGGCCUGCUCAGGCGGUGGGUGGAGUGCCGUGGUUUCUGGCCUGGGGUUGGGCCCUGCCUCCCCUUGCUUUUGUGAAAUUUGAAAGAGCUUGGCAUUCUUGAACCAGGAAAUUCCUGUUGAGAUGUUGUCCUUUUUCCAGAAGGCCUCAUCCCCCUGGAGGAGGAGAAGGGGGCUGGGUGGUUGCAACCUCCUCUAGUUGUUGAGGGCAACACAGUUGAAUUCAUUUGUAAAUCAGCCUCUUUUCCCUGGAUUGAGGCAAUUUCUGUCCUGCCUUUGGAGUUUGGAGGUUCACCUUUUCCAUGGGAAUGCUGUUGAGUCGCCUCAGUCCGCCUGAUUUUCAGGGAGGGACCUUCAGAGGGAGAAAUGCACCGACACGUAGCGGGAAUAUGGCUUUCUAAGGAGAGGCAUAUCGGAAAUCCUGGCUCCACAGAGAGAACAGCCCAGAAAAGAAAGUUUCCCAGCCCUCCGCAUUCUUCCAAUGGCCACUCGCCACAGGACACAUCCACAAGCCCCAUUAAAAAGAAAAAGAAACCCGGCUUACUGAACAAUAAUAAUAAGGAGCAGUCAGAACUAAGACAUGGUCCGUUUUACUAUAUGAAGCAGCCACUCACCACAGACCCUGUUGAUGUUGUACCGCAGGAUGGACGGAAUGAUUUCUACUGCUGGGUUUGUCACCGGGAAGGCCAAGUCCUUUGCUGUGAGCUCUGUCCCCGGGUUUAUCACGCUAAGUGUCUGAGACUGACAUCGGAACCAGAGGGGGACUGGUUUUGUCCUGAAUGUGAGAAGAUUACAGUAGCAGAAUGCAUCGAGACUCAGAGUAAAGCCAUGACAAUGCUCACCAUUGAACAGCUAUCGUACCUCCUCAAGUUUGCCAUUCAGAAAAUGAAACAGCCAGGGACAGAUGCAUUCCAGAAGCCUGUUCCAUUGGAACAGCAUCCUGACUAUGCAGAAUACAUCUUCCAUCCUAUGGACCUUUGUACAUUGGAAAAGAACGCUAAAAAGAAAAUGUAUGGAUGUACAGAAGCUUUCCUGGCCGAUGCAAAGUGGAUUUUGCACAACUGCAUCAUUUAUAAUGGAGGAAAUCACAAAUUGACGCAGAUAGCAAAGGUAGUCAUCAAAAUCUGUGAGCAUGAGAUGAAUGAAAUUGAAGUAUGUCCGGAGUGUUACCUAGCUGCUUGCCAAAAACGAGAUAACUGGUUUUGUGAGCCUUGUAGCAAUCCACAUCCUUUGGUCUGGGCAAAACUGAAGGGGUUUCCAUUCUGGCCUGCAAAAGCUCUGAGGGAUAAAGAUGGGCAGGUUGAUGCUCGUUUCUUUGGACAACAUGACAGGGCCUGGGUUCCAAUAAAUAAUUGCUACCUCAUGUCUAAAGAAAUUCCUUUUUCUGUGAAAAAGACGAAAAGCAUCUUCAACAGUGCAAUGCAAGAGAUGGAGGUGUAUGUGGAGAACAUCCGCAGGAAAUUUGGGGUUUUUAAUUACUCUCCUUUUAGGACGCCCUACACACCCAACAGCCAGUACCAAAUGCUCCUUGAUCCCAGCAACCCCAGUGCUGGCGCCGCCAAGAUAGACAAACAGGAGAAGGUCAAGCUCAACUUUGACAUGACGGCCUCCCCCAAGAUCCUGAUGAGCAAGCCCAUGCUGAGUGGGGGCGCAGGCCGCAGGAUUUCCUUGUCGGACAUGCCACGCUCCCCCAUGAGUACAAACUCUUCUGUGCACACGGGCUCUGAUGUGGAGCAGGAUGCUGAGAAGAAGGCCACGUCGAGCCACUUCAGUGCCAGUGAGGAGUCCAUGGAUUUCCUGGACAAGAGCACAGCUUCGCCUGCCUCUGCAAAGACGGGACAAGCAGGGAGUUUAUCUGGCAGCCCGAAAACGUUCUCUCCUCAAGCAUCAACACCCAUCACGACAAAAACGGAUAAAACGUCCACCACUGGGAGCAUCCUGAAUCUUAACUUGGAUCGGAGCAAGGCCGAGAUGGACCUGAAGGAGCUAAGCGAGUCAGUCCAGCAGCAGACAGCGCCCGUCCCCCUCAUCUCGCCCAAGCGCCAGAUCCGCAGCAGGUUCCAGCUGAAUCUGGACAAGACCAUAGAGAGUUGUAAAGCACAAUUAGGCAUAAAUGAAAUCUCGGAAGAUGUUUACACGGCCGUAGAGCACAGCGAUUCGGAAGAUUCUGAGAAGUCUGAUAGUAGCGAUAGUGAGUAUAUCAGUGAUGAUGAGCAGAAGUCCAAGAAUGAGCCAGAAGACGCAGAGGACAAAGAGGGUAGUCGGAUGGACAAAGAGCCAUCGGCUGUCAAAAAAAAGCCCAAACUGGCCAACCCAGUGGAGACUAAGGAGGAGCUGAAAAGCACAUCACCAGCCAGCGAGAAAGCAGAUCCGUGCUCAGUCAAGGAAAAGGCAAGCCCCCAGCCUGAGAAGGACUUUUCAGAAAAAGCGAAAGCCUCCCCUCAUCCCACAAAGGAUAAACUGAAGGGGAAAGAUGAGACCGAUUCCCCAACAGUACAUUUGGGCCUGGACUCCGAUUCAGAAAGUGAACUUGUCAUAGAUUUAGGAGAAGACCAUUCUGGGCGGGAGGGUCGUAAAAAUAAGAAGGAACCCAAAGAAACAUCUCCCAAGCAGGAUGCUUUAGUUGUAGGCAAAGCUCCACCGUCCACUACGGCAGGCAGCCAGUCCCCACCUGAAACUCCGCUCCUCACCCGCUCCUCCUCCCAAACACCCACGGCUGGUGUCACGGCCACCACCAGCACCACGUCCACGGUCACGGCCCCGGCCGCCACCGCCGCUGCCGCCACUGCCGCCGCCACAGGAAGCCCGGUGAAAAAGCAGAGGCCGCUUUUACCGAAGGAGACUGCCCCGGCCGUGCAGCGGGUCGUGUGGAACUCGUCAACUGUGCAGCAGAAGGAGAUCACGCAGAGUCCAUCCACUUCCACCAUCACCCUGGUGACCAGCACUCAGUCAUCACCCCUGGUCACCAGCUCGGGGUCUGCAAGCACCCUCGCAUCCUCAGUCAACGCAGACCUGCCUAUCGCCACUGCCUCCGCCGACGUCGCUGCGGACAUUGCCAAGUACACUAGUAAAAUGAUGGAUGCAAUAAAAGGGACGAUGACAGAGAUAUACAACGAUCUUUCUAAAAACACUACCGGAAGCACAAUAGCCGAGAUUCGCAGGCUGAGGAUCGAGAUAGAGAAGCUGCAGUGGCUACACCAGCAGGAGCUCUCGGAAAUGAAACACAACCUGGAGCUGACCAUGGCAGAGAUGCGGCAAAGCCUGGAGCAGGAGCGGGACCGGCUCAUCGCUGAGGUGAAGAAGCAGCUGGAGCUGGAGAAGCAGCAGGCGGUGGACGAGACCAAAAAGAAGCAGUGGUGUGCCAACUGUAAGAAGGAGGCCAUUUUCUACUGCUGUUGGAACACCAGCUACUGUGACUACCCCUGCCAGCAAGCCCACUGGCCCGAGCAUAUGAAGUCCUGCACCCAGUCAGCUACCGCUCCUCAGCAGGAAGCAGAUGCCGAGGUGAAUACAGAAACACUAAACAAAUCAUCCCAGGGGAGCUCUUCCAGCACACAGGCAGCCCCUACGGAAACAGCCAGCACCUCCAAAGAUAAGGAGUCAUCAGCGGAGAAGAGCAAAGACAGCGGGUCGACCCUCGACCUUUCUGGCUCCAGGGAGACGCCCUCCUCCAUUCUCUUAGGCUCCAACCAAGGCUCUGGUAUGUUGCCCCCGACCAUUCCCGGAGCAGUAAGUCUAGUUGCUGGAGCGGCAGCGACGAGAAGCGAGGAUCCACACGCUCCGAGCACAACGCCAGUUCCAGUUCGAAGAGUCUCCUCCCGAAAGAGUCUCGGCUGGACGCCUUCUGGGACUAGGGACAAGUCACGACACAAGCCACCCACCCCGUGGAGGAAAAAAAAACCAGACACCAGGGCAAUAGGAAGCAGUAAAGAAACGUGAGGCAGAAGAGCCCCCUUCCGACUGCAGAGCUCCAGGCACGCGGACUUGGCCUUUGCCCUUGGCGCAGAGGGCAGCCUACACUACACAGCGUCUGGCAUUAGCAUCAGCUGAGGACUCUGACCCACACGAAACCUAUGCUUUAGCUGUAAAUAAUGUACAAUUUGUGGAUGUCCUUGAAUCUAGAGUACCUUCUCCUUUUUAUAUUUGUAUUGACUUUAACUUAUAAAAAAAGAAAAAGAAAAAGAAAAACAAUUAAAAAAACAAACAAAACAAAACAAAAACCCAACAACGAAAAGAAUGUUUGGAUGUUGGAAGAGGGAUGGUCGGUCAGCCCGUCUGUCACCGAGGCGUGGAGACGGGGCCCUGGGGUUGUGGUAGCACAGCCGCCCUCGGCGUUGGAUUGCUCCAUGGGGAAGGGGAGGGGAGCGAGUCGUUUGCAUUCAGACGUCUGUACGCAGCACAUUGGGAUCAGGAGUUCUGGCACAGAUUCUGUGUUGUUGUGGGCACAUCACACCAAGCCAUUGGCCCCUUUCAGAUACUACGUUCCUAUGUUACAAAACGCAAGCUCUCUGGCCCAGAAGGGCACCCCGGGGCAGCUAGUUUAUUUUGUGUGAUUUCAAUGAUGACUACUCCUAAAAGGGAAUAAGGUCCUUGUUUACAGAAGACAGAAGACAAGCCCCGCUCGGAGAGGACGGAGAAAGCGUUGAGUCAUAAGCUCUGAAACAAAGAGAAGUCUUUCCUUUGCUUUGUGGUUCCUUUUAAAACACACUCACACAUACUUGGUAAGCGAUGCCGUGCUUCUUGGAAGCAAGCACUCAAAGGCAAGGUGCACGCAGAGGACAUUUGAGUCUGGGAUGAAGCAUGUAUGUAUUAUUUAUACGAUGGGAUUUUGCGUUUUUAUGUAAGCAUGAAACAAAAGGCAGCGUGAGAGGAAGCAAGACAGCGGCCGCGCUGUCCGUUACACUACGUAUACUGUAGUACCAUUUUGUAUGUUGUGUAAAACAAACAAAAAAAAAAUGCAUUGAACAAAGCAAAAGGUGAUGUAUGUAUAUGAGAAAAUUAAUUGUACGAUAUCAUUCCAGUACAUUUUGUUGUACAUUUUAGUCCUGUUUACUUUCUCUUCAUUGUUGAUAAGAGGAUGCGAACUGUGUACAGUUUCCAGCUAGUUACCCAUAUUAGAGAAGAACUACACAAAGAGUAUUAGAAGAAAAAAAGAGAGAGAGAACAUUUGUGAAUUGCAGUUGUCAAAAAAAAAAAAAUAGCCUAGCUGGCCUUAUUUGUGAAGCAUAAUUGCUUUUAGCAUAUGGAAGUAUUUUUUCACAUUUUCUUUGUAUAAAAUUUGUAUUAAACUUAAAUAUCUUUUUUGAUGAUGGUGUUUCUUUGUGACUGAGCCAGUGGACUCGCACGGUAUGCUCUUUUGGGUUCCGCCCCUUCCCCCCGAUUUUUUCAGAUUCUUCACCUUUUUUUAAUUAAACUGUUUUUGGAAAAAUG